AUGUCGGGCAAGCUCCUCCUCCUUCCGCUCCUGGCGAUUCGCGCCGCUGCUCAAGUCGACUAUUCUCAAUAUGUAAAUCCCUUCAUCGGCGGCGAGGGACCUAUGCCAGGUCUAGCCUACGGAGGCGGUGACAUCUUCGUCGGAGCAAGUCGUCCAUUCGGCGUGGCCAAGGUCGGCAUCGAUACCUUUGAGACCAACAUCUCCUUUCAAACCCUCAAUGGCGGAUGGACACCAAAGGGGCUCGUCACGGGUCUGAGUAUGAUGCAUGAGUCUGGAACGGGAGGACCGCCAAAAUAUGGAGUCAUCUCGCAGAUGCCGCUGACGACCAUCGAGUCACCGGUUAAUCUCCUCGACAAUCAGACGUACUGGCAGAAGAGGGUUGAGAACGACGUGGCGACUGUCGGUUUCUUCUCAACAAAGCUAGAGAGUGGUGUCCAGGUGAGCAUUGGUGGAGGUCGUCAUAGUGGUAUCUUGCAGUAUGAUUUCCCAGCAGGCGAAAGACACGUGCUCGUUGAUGUCUCUCACUUCCUUCCAAAUGUGGGCGGGUCGAAUGAAGAUCAAUUCUAUGACGGUGGAUCAAUCAGCAUUGAUGAGGGAGGCAAAAGAUACACCGGAUUCGGCGUUCACGGGGGCGGGUUUUCUGACAGCGCUCCCAUGACUACCUACUUCUGCGCAGAGUUCGAUCAAGCACCGAGUCAAGCUCAUACUUUUCGUGGCCGCAAUACCAUCCCAGCGCGAAGGCAGCAUGUUCUUUCUGAUGAGCCAACUCCUCAUCCUACAUUCCGCAAUCGCAGUACUGAGGAAUCUGGUCCUCUCACAGACCGUGUGGGARCCAUCUUCAGCUGGGAGAAGUCAACUAACAGCACCUCCAUCAAAUCAAAGAUUGGCAUCUCGUUCAUAUCCGUGGACAAGGCUUGCUCGUUCGUGGACUCGGAGAUUCCGUCCUGGAAUUUAAACGACACUGUAGCCGCCACAGUGCAAGAAUGGAAUAAGGACGUCUUCAGCAAAAUCCAAGUGCCGACCGAUUCUGCUCAGAACCGGACGAAUCUGGUACUCCUGUACUCCAGCCUGUACUUUAUGCAUCUCAUGCCAUCAGAUCGUUCGGGCGAAAAUCCACUUUGGGACUCUGCUGAUUCCUGGGAUGACUUCUAUACUUUAUGGGACAUCUUCCGAUGCACCGUCUCAAUGUACCACCUCAUUCAACCGAGAUACUAUCAAAGCAUGAUCCGAUCUUUGAUUGACAUCUGGAAGUACGAAGGAUUCAUGCCAGACGGCCGCAGUGGUAACUACAACGGUCUUGUACAAGGAGGAAGUAAUGCCGACAACGUCCUCGCUGACGCCUACGUCAAGGGUCUUCCGAAUGUUAACUGGACCGAGGGCUAUCGAGCGAUGAAGAAGAACGCGGAAGUUGUUCCCUUCAACACCUUCAAUCAGGUCGACCCAACGAAUGGCAUACAGCAGGGUCGUGGAGCUCUGCAGGAUUGGCUGGACUUGGGCUACAUUUCGGUUGAUCGUAACACCAGGUCAAUCUCAAGGACUAUCGAGUAUGCCUUGAAUGACUUCUCGCUGUCGCAAGUUGCGAAAGGAGAAGCGCCUGAUGACGUGGAAUUGUAUCUCAAUCGAUCUGCGAAUUGGCAGAACAUAUGGGCCUCGGACUUUACCCACAAGGGAUUCACAGGCUUCCCAUCCCCGAGGCUUUCAUCAGGAGAAUUCAAUUUGACGGAUUAUAACCCUGCGCAAUGUGGUGUUUGCUCUUGGCCAUCUGUCACGUACGAAGGAACUCCUUUCGAAUACGGCUUCACGAUUCCUCACGACAUGGCGAGAUUGAUUGACUUCAUGGGAGGACCGGAUGAAUUCGAACGGAGACUUGAUUACAUCCACAUGCCWAACACGUCUGAAACAUCGCUAGGAGCAAAUGGGGCCGGUAUCACCAGUAUCAUGAACAUUGGAAACGAACCCGACUUCGCCACGCCAUACGAAUACAACUACAUAAACAAGCAAGCAAAGUCCGUGCAGCAGUCUCGCAACCUCGCAAAUCAAUACUUCAAAAACGACCUCUACGGCGUCCCAGGCAACAGCGACGCCGGAGCACUGAACAGCUGGAUGCUCUGGCAAAUGCUCGGUCUCUACCCCGUCGCAACACAACCCAUCUACCUUCUCGUAUCACCUUGGUUCUCGGACAUCAACAUGACCAUCAAUACAGACAAGCAGCUCAGAAUUAACGCGAAGAAUCUAGAUAAUGCUGAGGCGUAUUAUGUGCAAUCCGUCAAGAUUAAUGGGGAAGAUUGGGAUAGGAAUUGGUUUGAGCAUGAGGAUGUUAUGGUUGAGGGGGGAAGUAUUGAAUUCGAAAUGGGAAGUGAGAUGGAAUUUUGGGAGACUGGGAAUGUGCCGCCUAGUCCUGGACAUUCUGGUAUACCGGCCAGUCGUAAGAUAUAG